AAGGUUACGUUCAGCCUGAACUUGGACAUUCAUCCUUGACCCUGAGUGUGUCGGUAAACACGUACGGUACCUUUUCUAGGAUGAUCCCGACGCCAAUAUAUCUUAUGAGGUACAACAUCACGCGAACUCGGGCCCCUGUGCCACUCUCUAUUCUGCAUUACGUUUUGUGCUACCGUGCCACUACAUUGAACUCUGCGCACUGUGGUGGAGUGAGCAGAACGCAAUGGGUGAUAUAUGUUUUCUGCGUUCGAAGACGCUCUUUGAGCUUUUAUCAUCGACAACGAAGGCAAAGGCCAUCAUCCACUCGCUCGAAUUUUUUUCCAUCCACGGUCAAAGGCUUUAAAGCAUUUUACAAGCGAGCUCAUCGCCAGACCCAGGAUGCGCUUUUAUAGUUCCUUCCACUCGAUCCUCAUUCUAUCAAGAUUCAAUUUCGCUAUCUCCACAGUCCCGAAAGUAUACCUGAACAACACCGUCGAACAUGGAGUGAACACGGAGUGCAAGACGUGCCCAUACGUGCUUUGUCCCAACAAAUUGUACUAUGACUCCGACGUGAACGUGACGUUGACAUGCUUCACCACAGGAACGGAAAUCUCUGGAGACUCUAUAUGGUUAGGUACGAGUGAUGGAUGCUACGUCACGCAAUACGAUCUGGUUCUGUAUAAUGGUAGCUACAGCACUACUCUCGCCCCGUGCAGUCCCUCGCCCAUCAAAGAAAACAUCACCACCCAAUCCGCCACCAUCAAGUACGACACCGAAUGCAACAUCACACCCUCCACGAGCGUCGACACGGUACACUACCUCAAACCAAACACCGACAUCACCGUAACAUGCUGGACCAACGACUCCACCAGCACUGUGAUUAAUGACCCAAUGUGGCUCAAAACAACCCAAAACUGCUACGUCGCCCAAAUCGGCCUAGCCCACCCGGCCAACACCUCUGCCCUCGACUUCUGCGGCCCGAUCCCCUUCCUCGAGCUCAUCAACGCCGCGAAUCGUAGUGGAAGUGACUCCCCUGACAGCCCUACAGACCCCGAAGACACCGAUAAGCCCGCGGAGAUCCCCCACCUACUAAUCCGCAGCGCAAACUACCUCAUUAACGUGACCGUCUGUGAGGACUACGCCUAUUGCCGUAGCUGUCCGCACCUGAACUGCACGGUGGAACGGGCGUAUGAGUUCGGAACGCAGAUUUGGCUGCAGUGUUUAGUAGCGUCGACGGCACCGAAUGAGACGUUUUGGAGCGAGACGACGGAUUGGUGCUUCGUGAGGAGCGAGGAUUUGUGGGAGAGUCCGGAGGGGGAUUAUUAUAAGUUCCCGCUCUGCAGCGAUUUUGAGAAGUAGGUGAGGUGUGGCGGAGUUUGAAGGAAUGGGUAUUGGGAUGAGGGUGAGGUUGAAUUGGGCAAUGGGCUAAGGGAA